AUGCAUUUCCUACUAGCGCUACCGAUUGAUAUUUUCAAGCUUGUAGCGUCGGCUGCAAUUUUGAACAUAUUGAUCUUGUUGAGCUUAAUCGUUCUCAACAAAGGUCGUGCAAUGUCCGCCUACAAGCUGCCUAUAUGCGUAUCAAUCUUAGUGACAUGUUUUCUUUUCAUACUGACGAAGCAGGACACGACGGGCUUCUCCGACUUUGAGAAUUUAUCAAUACGCUAUGAAAUCGCACUAGGUUUUCACCAACUGACGAUAAUGAUGAUAGUGACGGUCGUGAUAUAUGUACUAACGCAAACAAACUAUAAUAGAGUUGAUCAUAGUUUUCGUGUCAUUUCGUUGAUUGUACUCUGGAUAUCGGGGGUUGUGUAUGCAGUACUUACGCUGGGUCCGCUAUGGAGCAUUGUUGGUGCCAAUGUUUAUAAAACUUUGGUAUACACAGUUUUCGCAAUUAGAGCGAUCAUGAUUUUGUACACUAUGGCUUUAAUAAUCGAAGGACCAGUCUACAUUCUUGUCAUUUUUGUAAACCCUUCCGUGGCGAUUGUGCCCAUAGUCUGGUCAAUAGUUAUCAUCGUGAUUUUAUUCUUACUAUCAUGUCCAAUUGAACAAUUUGAUGACAAUUCACAAGAGUCAGAGGUAGAGCAAAGCGUUAAUAAGAUCGAUCUUCCUAAGAGGGGUUCAGAGAUUGGGAUUCGGUUUGAGAAUGGUAGUGGGAAUCAAGGCCUCCGUGGACAGCAGCAGUCUUAUUCACAACAACAGGCUUAUCCACAACCAACUUAUUCACCGCAGGCUUAUUUAUCGCAAACUUAUUCAUCACAACAGCAGGUUCAAACUCAGGCUCAAAGACAGCAGACUCAAGCUCAGAGUCAAAGACAACAAGCUUAUAUACCACAACAUUAUGAACAACAGAGUCAUAGACAACAGGCCCAAACAUCAUCACAAUCUUAUGACCGACGAGGUUAUGAGCAACCUUAUGUGCCACAGUCAUAUGAACCAGCAGCUUACAAACCACGGACAUACGAGCCGCAGACUUAUGAGCCACAGACAUAUGAACGACAGCAACAGACAUAUAGUUCACGGACACAUGAUUCACAAGAUUAUUACUCAUCCUACGAGCAACCGUCUUAUGCACAAGCUGGUGGGCGAUCAGUAGGAAGGACGAAUUUUGCACAAGGUAGACCAGUUCGGUAUAGUUUGUCAUCAUCUGAUGAUGAAUGA